CGGAACAUCAUCCCAUUAAUUGCAAUGCUCGCUGAUCUCCGUAAUACACGAGCACGGCUCAUCAACCAGGGGCGCAGUUUGGCAGUCAUCCAUUCAUAAAUACUCGGGGAACGUGGCGGGAAUUCUGCGCGGUUGAGUUUGGCGAGCUGUGUGCGCGGUGUAGUACGCCAGGGGGCAUUUAUCGCCGGCUCUGGGUGAUAAUCAGCUCGCUAGCGCGGUACGGUGUAGAGACCCCGUGAGAUGAGCCGGACAUUCAAUGGUGUGCACGACCACGUGAAUUGCAGAGAGCGUACACUGCAAGUUUUCCCACAUACGCGUAUGCAUGCUACUGUAGAAUAACAGACUCAUCUGGGAGAAACAGACGUUAGCCUCAAACACGGUCCUUCUCAGAUUGCAUCGAAACCCUUAUCUGGAUGAGAGAGAAACCUGCAACAUGGAAAGACCAGAAUCGUUCAUCGUCCCCGCCCGCCGCUCCCAGUGGCUGGUCAGCGCUUUGGCCUACGCCUUUGGUCUCGACCAGGGUAUCGAAAAUGAAGUCGUCGUCCUGGCCACCGGCAUCGAUCAGUACAUUCAAGAGAUAUUCCACCACUUGGACGUGAUAGGCAAGGAUCGAGUAUCUCUCCCCGAUUUUCAGACACUAUGCGAGGUUAUCGGGUUUCAGGACUGCGGUAUGAGUCCAGUGGCCGAGGAGCCCUCUUCGCCCAAGGACCCGUCCACAGAACUUACUUUCAAGGAGUUCCACUCCAGACUAGUCCAGUGCUUCAUUGGAGAGGAUACAGGCGGUGGGCCUGCAGGAGACGGCGUCGAGAAGAGGUGGGACAAUCACGGGAAGUUCGUGGAGGCAGAGGUCAACAUCUUGCCCAGGAGCGGGCUGAGCGUUCGCACCAUGUGCACGGAGUGUUUCCAAAAGCGACCGGUGACAGAGAUUUAUCACUCGGUAAUGUUCAAGCAGGGCAAAUGUUGCUUUCCUGGGGGCAGCUCGACAGAGGUUGAAACUUCAAACUUAAGCGGUGCGCCUUUUGAGAGUCUUGGUGGCUCGGUAUCUACUUAUUCGACCGACUGUCAGUGUGAAGACCAUCUUUGUGGCAACCUGCCAGAAGUGAGGAAGUUGCAACAGGAGAAUGACGGGCUGAGGGAGAUUAUCGAAGACAUGCGCCAGGCCCUGCAGAGCAGCGAUGCAAGGCACCUGGCACUCCUGGUGUCCCUCCGCAAGAUGCAGAUGGGGUCACAGGACGGUCGCGGUCAAGCAAUCCCACCGCUGCCACCAAAACUCCCUGGACACUGCUCCAUCCGUCCGCAGAAUGCAGUCACUCUGUCUCGAGAGCUGAGCAGGCUCCGGGACGACAGGGACAGGCAGCUGGAGGAAGCCAUCAGCUACACGCAGUCCCUGGAAGCCGAUCUUUGGCAAUCGAGACGGAACCAGGACCGCCUGGACCAAACCAGGGCGGUGCUUUUGGGUCAGCGGCAGUCUCUAUCGCAGCGCUUGUGCUCUGCCAGGGAGACACUUAGCAGCGGGUUGGAGAGGGUCCGGAAGCUGGAGAAGCAGAUAGAGAGGAUGGACAAGGUGCAGGCAAGAGCAAAAGAACUGGCGGAAUGGAAACCGUGCGAGAGUGAAGGCCCGAACCCUAAUGGCGAGUCCUCCAGUCGAUGCUCGGAAGACUCCGGUGGAGCCUCCGAGGCCUCCGCGAUCUCGACCUCGGGAGAGUCCGGAGGCUCCUCGGAAGAGUCCGGAACCUCCACGGAAGAGUCGGGAGCCUCCUGUGAAGAGUCGGGAGCCCCUUCAGAAGAUUCCGCGACCUCUUCGGAAGAUUCCGCUGGCUCCUCGGAGGACUCCGGAGCCGAUCACCUGACCGGUAUGGACUCGGGCUGCGUAUCUGACAGCGAACGGGGCUCACCGACCUCGGCCGGCAGCGAAGCCGAUAGCAGCUCGCUGGGAAGUGGAAGCACAUCCGACGAAGAAUCAGCCUGGCAGGAAGAAGCAAACAACAACAAUAAUAACAACACCAACAAUAACAACGAAAACUGCGCAAACUCAGCGCUGACCGGGGGCCUGAACGACGCUGAUUGGCUGAUCAAGCUGACGCAGGUGCAAAAACACCUGUUGGAGACGGAAGUCGAGAAAGGUCAAGCAGAGGGCAAGUUUAAACAGAUCCGAGCCGACCUACUGCAGGAGCUGAACGUCAAACUCCAAGAGAACGAGAAGUACCAGACGGAGAUCCAGUCGCUGGAGACGGAGCGAGUUCGACUGUCCGUCAUCGAGUCUACAGUGGGAGAGGUCAUCGCUCUACUGCGCAAACUCCGUAACCUUGUAAGUUGA